GGCCAUAUCGAGAAAGGUUAAAACUAGGGGCGAAAGUGGAGUAAUGAUGAACAGGAUAAUUAAAGAAAAUGAAAACUCGGAACCGUCAGUUGACCUUGGAUGCUUGAACGGGUUUCGAGUUGGAGAACUAAGGUUCAACGAUGUGAAGCUUCAACUGCAAAACCUGGAACUCCAAGAAUUUUCAAGUGCUGCCUAG